GAGCAAAUCCCAUAUUUUUGACAGGUGUCUAUCCAAAGAAAUUAAUUAAUGUUAACUAUGCGCAGAAAAUUACAGUAUUUUCAGAGAACGAAUUCAAUAUUUGUUAUUUAAUUUCUCUAUUACUUCGAAAUGAAAGUAGCUCCCUAGAAAAAUGAUAUGCUAAACGAUUUGAGCUUGGGAUAUGAAGUUAUAGGAGACAUGUCUGGAUUCAUGGGUACUUGGGAGGUCACUCGCUAUGAACCUUGUCAAGACAAAAACUCUUUCAAGGGAAUUCGUUUUCGUCUAGAUCCAAACGGCGACGUUACCUGGCAUGUACCUGAAGAGUUGAAAAUGAUACCACUCUUUAAUUGCACUAUCUACGAUACAAAUAUGCCGUUAUACUCUUCAUGUGAAUCCUCGUGGGUGAGAUUUGGUGAAUACGAGGGACAGAUAAUCGAAUUUGAGAGUGAUCAAAGAAAACCUAAAGAAACAGUGAUUCUCAGAGCUGAGGGUUUGUAUACUUUAUACUGCAAGAGAGUUCCUGAUGAAAUUUCCGAAGAAAAGUAUCAAAUACCGUUCAGCUUGUUACCUGCCUUAGAAGAAGGAUUUUUUUCAGAUGUUACUCUUUUUUCUGCUAAUAAAAAAGAGUUUCAUGCACAUUCCUUAAUACUGAACAUUAUUGGAAAUGGAAUAGACUGGCAUUCCAAAAAUCACCCUUUGAAUAAUCUUCCUGAAGAUGUUCUGGGUAAUAUAUUGUAUUAUAUGUACACUGAAUGUUUACCGGAGAAUCUCAAGGAGGAGACAGUUCGCAAAGUAUUAUCGACCGUAGAACAACACCCGUUCCUUAAUAAACUUUCCGUAAUUUCUCGAAAAUACCUGAGGAAUGAAUCAUUGAGAAAACAAAUUGUGGGUCUUGUAAAUGAAAUACACAAUGCUUUGGAUAAACUGAUAGAGGACAUCAGACCAAAGCAUCCUUCGAUUGUGGACUAUUUAAUUGAUAAUCCUGAUCAGUUGUGUUUAAUGAUCAAAAACUGCAUAAGAGACGCUGGAGCUGGCUUCAUCAAGCUUAUAGAGCUUUGCGAUUUGUAUCAUAGGAGUAAACCUGAACUUUCAAAAAACGAACAGCAUGAAAUAAUCCAGUACGGAAAAUCCAGGUUUUUCAUAUUGAUCUCCCAAAUGAUACAGUUUUUGCAAUUAUGGAAAGGAUCUUAUGGAUCCAUGAAUGCAUAUCAGAAGCACAUACUUUCUAACUUUUUAGUUCCUGAAGUGACUGGAAUAUUCGAUUUGCUUAUUGAACUCUUAAUGCAUAUAAAUGAAUCUCUAGAAAGAAUAAUAACCUUAUUAGAUGUAGAAGAACUGAACAAAUCUAGAUCAUGUUUUGGAAAUUCUUGUUCCUACUUCUUGUACCUCAAAGAGGUUAAGUUUCUCAGGAAGUUCAGUGAAACAGUUUCAUGUACUUACGAGAUGCUUAAGCAAAAAAGGCGUAGUUACAUGGAAAUUUCCCACGUUGAGAAGAUGCGCAAUAUCUCGAUAAACAUAGAGGAACUAGUGGACGAGAUGCCUCUAUUCUUCAUGGUACGCCUGGAAGAACUGAUGGAUUACAAAGAUAAGAUAUUGGCCUGGAGAGAUUUCAAGUUUUUCUUUCAAACGUGCACCAGCAAAAUAUCAAACUUCAUUCAUUUGAUGGCGACCCAUAGGAACGAGGUCCAGGAGGUGGCGUUGCGGGCCUGCGAACUCGUACAAAGAGACGCUUUCAAUCAGUCCAUGCAGAACCUCGGACUGUUGGAGCAGAACGUUUUACCUUCCAACGUUGAGGACUUACCGAAACCUGGGGACAAUUCUAACAAUCAGCCGAAGUAUAGUCAUAAGUUGAAUUUAGUGGAAUCUUUAUGCGUUCCUUUGAAAGCUGACCGGAGCACUCUAUCAAAAAAUUUAUUGGAGCUGUAUAGGAACGAAACGAACACGGAUAUGGAGUUUGAAAUUGUGAAUUACAGCGAGGCAGAGGGGCCGGAUGAAUCGAAUAGUGUCUCCUUCAAGAAAACUUGCAUUAUAAAGGCCCAUAGGGUCGUGGUGGCUUCGAGAUGCGACUGGUUUAGGAAAGCCUUACUUUCUGGGAUGAAAGAAGACAUCGAUAAGAAAAUCGUGAUCCACGAAACGAACCCGGAAACUUUCAAGAUUUUCUUGGGUUAUUUGUACAGCGGAAAGCUGUCCCCAUCGGAGACCACCCACGAGCAACUGGUGGAUUUGGUCGUGUUGAGCGAUAGGUUCGAGGUGGAUCCCCUGAAACAGGCCUGCGAGAUGGCGUUGGAGGCCACGAUCGAUACCGAUAACGCCAUCUAUCUGCUCAGUCUGGCCGAUAGUUAUAACGCCAAAACGUUGAAGGUCAAUUGCUUGGAUUUCAUAGCGAAACACCAGGAGCUGACGGAGAUGGACGUGUUUUACGAGUUGCAUUCCGAACUGCAAGCGGUCAUCUUUGAUCACAUAUGGACCCAGCCGGUCACCGAUCCGGUGAGACCGAGGAGACAUAACAGGAGGUCGUAUAAUGAAGCUACCGAUAUCGAGAGUCAUUUUUCUAGGAUGAACGUGAAUCACGCUUCUGAUGCGGAUGCAGUCCUUCAGGACAGGAAUAGACUGGAAAGAUGCAUCUCUGAAAUAAGAGAUGUGAUAGGGGAGGAAGCGCCCAGAGAACAGUUGAUUCAGGUAAUUCUGGCGGCUGAUUACGAUCUCUGCCGCGCCAUCAAUUAUUAUUACGCCAAAAAUAAUUAAUUGGAAAUGAUAUGGGGGUUGUAUCUUUAUUGCGACAGCUGGAAAACUACUCGAGGUUUGUUUUGAAAAUGGCGAUCUGAUGAAAAUGGAACCACAUUGGUGGUACCGGGAGGAUAUCAAGGGGUAGACGAUGAAAUUUUGACUAAUGGGAUAUUAUAACCUAAUAGCUUAGUAUGUAUGAAUGAACUUUUGUUCGGUGAUUAAAUAUGAGCCAUUUUUUUUCAUCACAAAUUUUUUUACUACUAUGUAACAAAAUACUUCGAGCUUGGCCUAAAAUAACCAACUGUAUGGUAAAAUCUAACCUCUAUCUUAUGACAUGAAUGCGAGCACCAUAACCUAAUUAACAUCUUCCGGUAGCGCAACCUUUUAUUUUUUUAUUAGGAGAGCCCAUUUAUAUGUCAGAUAAAAUUUUAUGAGUGGAAUUUAUUUUCAGUUUGGCAUUUAAAUGUUUUGUAAUAAACUGUCUGUACUUAAAUGUUGUUGAAGUGAACGUUCAUUGUGAUUGUUGACAAAUUUGAGAAAAUUUUCGUGUCUUUUCGAUUAAACUCCGUAUUGAUGUUGUUUCUGAGCUUUGAAUAUAGCGUGGUAUUAAAUUCGAAUUGGUAUCGUUGAGAAUAGUUCAUGCUGUCUGAUGAUUGUUGUGAUCAUCUGUAUGAGCAUUCGAUCGAUUCCAUCAAAUGAUAUUGAAUUUUAUUAUUGUCUUUUAUCUUGUUAUUAUUGAUCAAUGAUCGUUCUUCGAUGUGUUUAGAAGUGAUAUUUUAAUUUUUUUAUUGUGAUUUAUACACAGAAUUAUUCAUAUACACCUCAAAUGGAAUAUUUUCAACUUGUAUUUACUUUAAACAGUAUUAUUUUAUCGAUUCCUAUAUAGUAUAUACUUACAUAUAGAUUUUAAAUUUUUCUUAUAUCAUUCUGUAUUUAUUCAAAUGGAACAUGUAUGUACUUUUUGGAUAUACACUGGAAAUAAACAGAAAAAUCUUCAA